AUGGCGUUUACUUGGGCAUUGCUCUGGCUCCUCUCACUGGGAAGGCUAAUGGCCAUGCAUCAGCCCUACGAUGAUUCUAUGCUCACCCUUACGUCUGCCGGGGCACCGGAUCCACACAUUAAUAGCUUCUGUGGCCGCUAUUAUUUCACAUACACAGCAGGUGAUCGGAUCGAGAUCUGGUCCUCGAGCAGUCUUGUGGACAUAGAAACAUCUGCUGAUAGACAUCUCAUCUGGAAACCGCCACAUGGAACAAACCACUCAGCCCAUUUAUGGGCUCCAGAGCUCCAUUCCCUUCGUGAACGAUGGUACAUUUACUAUGCCGCAGCCGAUCCGAAGCAAGGCAGAAAAAGUCACCGAAUGUACGUAUUAGGAGGGCCGCCGGCGACCGAGGACCCGUGUUCGGAACAAUGGGAGUUUCUGGGGCCAAUACGCGAGAUGCCGGACCAGUGGGCAAUAGACGGAACAGUGUUCGAAUUAGAGGACCAGCUAUAUCUAGCAUAUUCGGGCUGGCCACUCAACAGCAGCGAGCUGUACCACCCUGGUUCCGAGUACGUUAGAUAUGAGUAUGGAUACCCGGCACAGCACAAUAUUGGCAGCAUCAACGACGACGAGCAUCGCAGCUGCCACAAAAAUACGAGUAGUAGUAAAGGUAAUGCGACCACAGGGGCUGAUACCUCAGGGUUCAAGCAGUACCUCUUCUUGAUAAAACUGAACGACCCCUGGACCGCCGGCAGCAAUCCUGCCGUACUUAGCAUACCGCGUCAGUCGUGGGAAGUCACGCAUGACAGCAACGGCGCCCACGCUAUCAACGAAGGGCCGCAAUGGCUCUCGUCGCCCGACGGGCGGUGGCGAGGGCUCGUGUACUCGUGUGCUGGGUCCUGGACGCAUGAGUACAAGAUGGCAACACUCAAGUACCGCGGCGGCGAGCCGCUCGACCCAUCGUCCUGGCAGAAGUCCAAAGCUCCGCUCCUGCAGACGCACAAGCACUCGGGCUCAGGACCCUUCGGGCCAGGCCACGGCAGCUUCCUGGACGUUGGUGAGGGGGAAGUGAUUGCCGUAUAUCAUGCCACAGACGGACCAAGCGACGGGUGGCAGAAUAGGCGAGCGCGCGUCCAGCGAGUCACAUUUACAGGAGAGGGGCCUUACAUGGGGAAGUCGUUUGGCGUGGAUGGACCUACCAAAGGGGGAGGAUUACUUGCUAGAAUCAAGGCGAGGAUGACUAGAGAGAAGAGAAGUAGACCAGCUGAGACGGGGGGCUUGAGGGCCUUCUUGGAGGCUCGGCAGAAAGAAAAUCAAGCUAAAGCGAGCGAGAUGUAG